AUGGAAACUGAAGUCUGCAAUGAGAAACUUCGUGGAUCGUACGCCGACAAGGCCACAGAUCAUCAAGAUUGGCAAGUUUUCGAAGAUUUACCAGCGCAAAACUUGUGCUCUUGCAAUGAUUAUCAGGACGUGCCCCUUGAGCAACAACAGCAACAGCAACAGCAACAGCAACAGCAACAGCAACAGCAACAGCAACAACCACAACCACAACCACAACCACAAAGCGAACAAGCAUGGAUGGCCUCUCUAAAGCAAGUCGAACAAGAAAUAACAAAGGAAAUUGAAGCUUUGGGCCAGGAAAGGGCCAUGUUAAGAAAAAUCAGUUAUGAUUAA